UGUUUUCGGAUGUGACAUUUAUAAUUUCACUGUUUUCCUAUCAAAAAUAAAAAAAUCGAGGCACAUUAAUUGCUAAAACAAUGAGUUCUGGGUUUAUUAGUGAGGCUGAUGCGGCCGAAAUUCGCAAGAAAAGGCAGGAAGAAUGGGAAAAAGUGCGGAAGCCUUCGGAUCCGCUAGUAAGACCCGAGGAUCCUUAUGAUAACAGAAGCUUGUUCGAACGAUUACAAGAACAAAAACAAAAAAAGGACUUGGAAUAUGAGGAGGCUCACAAACUAAAGAAUAUGAUUAAGGGUCUAGAUGAUGAUGAAGUCGAAUUUCUCGAUUUGGUCGACCGCACAAAAUUAGCUGCCGAUAGAAAGAAGGAAAUUGAAGAGGAACAAGAACUUAGAGACUAUCGGAAUAGAGUUUCUAUUCUACAGGAAAAAAGUAUCGAUGAACGUUUGCAAGCGGAUAUAGUUGUUAGUAAACCGAAAGUUUCAAUAGCCAGCAAUUUAAAUCAACAAAAGCUUUUAAAAGGUGUGGUAGUGAAAAGAGCACAAGGUGUGAAGCGAAAAGCAUCUGCAACCGAUGUGGACGAAAGUAAAACCGAUAGUAAUGGAAGUAAAUCCUCCAAACCGGAAAAUUUAAGUCCCAAAGAAACAGGUACUGAUGCUAAAGCGGAAGACACUGCUGAGGUUGCAGAUGCAGUCAAAGUUGAUGAAAUUGACCGACAGCCAACAUUAAAAUGUGUCGCUAUAUUACCUGGUUUGGGUCAUUACGAUGAUUCAUCGUCGGAUGAAAAAAGUUCAGAUUUAGAAGAGGAUCUUGACAUAUUGGGAAAAAUCCUAAGCAGAAAUUGCUAUUAAAGGCAAUUGGCGGAAAUUGCUUAGUUCUUUAUGUUAUUAUAUAUUAAAUAGUCGUUAUCUAAGGCAAAAAUAAAAAAUGCUUCAAACUA